GAGCAAAAUGUCAGACAAAAUGUCCAGUUUCCUCCACAUCGGGGACAUCUGCUCCUUGUAUGCUGAGGGAUCCACCAAUGGAUUUAUCAGCACUUUAGGGCUGGUGGACGACCGUUGCGUGGUGCAACCAGAAUCUGGGGACCUAAACAACCCUCCUAAGAAAUUUCGAGACUGUCUGUUCAAGUUGUGUCCGAUGAACAGGUACUCAGCCCAGAAACAGUUCUGGAAAGCAGCAAAACCUGGUGGAAACAGCACCACAGACACUGUACUACUCAACAAAUUACAUCACGCUGCUGAUCUAGAGAAGAAACAGAAUGAAUCAGAAAACCGGAAGCUGCUGGGAACGGUGAUACAGUAUGGAAAUGUUAUUCAGCUGUUGCAUUUAAAAAGCAAUAAGUACCUUACUGUGAAUAAACGGCUGCCUGCUUUGCUGGAGAAGAAUGCCAUGCGUGUGACGCUGGACUCUGCUGGAAACGAAGGCUCCUGGUUUUACAUCCAGCCCUUUUACAAACUCCGCUCUAUAGGAGACAGUGUUGUGAUUGGAGAUAAAGUGGUUUUGAAUCCCGUAAAUGCAGGACAGCCUCUACAUGCCAGCACCCAUCAGCUAGUGGACAAUCCUGGCUGCAAUGAGGUGAACUCCGUAAACUGCAACACUAGCUGGAAGAUUGUUUUAUUUAUGAAAUGGAGUGACAACAAGGAAGUCAUUCUUAAAGGGGGUGAUGUGGUUCGGAUGUUUCAUGCCGAGCAGGAGAAGUUUCUCACUUGCGAUGAACACAGGAAGAAACAACAUGUGUUCCUGCGAACCACCGGCCGCCAGUCUGCCACCUCUGCCACCAGCAGCAAAGCACUGUGGGAAGUGGAGGUGGUUCAGCAUGACCCGUGUCGUGGUGGCGCUGGUUACUGGAAUAGUCUUUUCAGGUUUAAGCACUUGGCCACAGGACACUACCUGGCAGCAGAGGUGAGUGAGGUGUGUUCUACUAGCUCGGGAUCCUCCCUCAGCUGUUCCCAGAUCAGCACUAACCUCUCUCACUGGGUUAAUCCUGACUAUGAGGAAGAAUCACAGGAAUCACGUUCAUCUGUGGCAGAUUUUUCACCCUUUAACUUCCAGCUGGACUCGGAGCAUGAAGCUCUGCGAGCACGUCUGCGAACACCCAACGAGAAGGUCAUGUACACCCUCGUGUCCGUCCCUGAUGGCAAUGACAUCUCCUCCAUAUUUGAGCUGGAUCCCACCACCCUCAGAGGAGGAGACUCCCUCGUCCCCAGGAGCUCGUAUGUGAGACUGAGGCACUUGUGCACCAAUACAUGGGUCCACAGCACCAACAACCCCAUAGACAAAGAGGAGGAGAAGCCUGUUAUGUUACGGAUUGGCACAUCACAUAUCAAAGAAGAUAAAGAGGCCUUUGCCAUUGUGCCAGUCCCUCCUGUGGAGGUGAGGGACCUAGACUUUGCCAACGAUGCCAGUAAAGUGUUGGCCUCCAUCGCUGGCAAACUAGAGAAGGGCACAAUCACCCAGAAUGAAAGAAGGUUUGUCACCAAGCUUCUCGAGGACCUUGUGUUUUUCGUGGUGGACAUUCCCAACAAUGGCCAGGAUGUUUUGGAGAUCAUGGUCAAUAAACCCAGCCGUGAACGGCAGAAACUCAUGAGAGAGCAGAAUAUCUUAAAACAGAUCUUUAAGCUGCUUCAGGCCCCAUUCACAGACAGUGGUGAUGGUCCCAUGUUGCGUCUGGAGGAGCUGAGUGACCAGAGACACGCGCCCUUUAGGCACAUCUGCAGACUGUGCUACCGUGUGCUGCGACAUUCACAGCAUGACUACAGGAAGAACCAGGAAUACAUCGCCAAGCAGUUCCGCUUCAUGCAGAAACAGAUCGGCUAUGACGUGUUGGCCGAAGAUACAAUAACGGCCCUCCUCCACAACAACCGCAAACUCUUGGAGAAACACAUCACGGCGGCAGAAAUUGACACGUUUGUUAGCCUUGUGAGGAAAAACCGUGAACCAAGGUUUCUGGACUACCUGUCCGAUCUGUGUGUGUCAAUGAACAAGUCCAUCCCAGUGACUCAGGAGCUGAUCUGUAAUGCGGUGCUGAAUCCUGCCAAUGCUGACAUCCUUAUAGAGACCAAGCUGGUGCUGUCUCGGUUUGAGGUGGAGUCUGGAGAGGGUCCAGUGGAGUCAGAGGAGGACGAGGAGGAGGUGUGGUUGUUUUGGAAGAACAGUAGUAAGGACAUCAAGAGUAAGAGUAUCAGAGAGCUGGCACAGGAUGCUAAAGAAGGCCAGAAAGAUGACCAGGAUGUCAUUAGCUACUACAGAUACCAGCUGAACCUGUUUGCACGGAUGUGUUUGGAUCGCCAGUACUUGGCCAUUGAGAAGAUAUCAGGCCAGUUAGAUGUAGACCUGAUCCUGCGCUGCAUGUCAGAUGAAGACCUACCCUACGACCUCCGUGCCUCGUUCUGCCGGCUGAUGCUUCACAUGCAUGUAGACCGUGACCCGCAGGAACAAGUGAUGCCUGUGAAGUACGCCAGGCUGUGGUCUGAGAUCCCAUCCAAAAUCGCCAUCGACGACUAUGAUAAUGAUGGAACCAGUAGAGAUGAGAUAAAGGAGCGCUUUGCACUCACUAUGGACUUUGUGGAGAACUACCUCAGAGAUGUGGUCUGUCAGAAUAUUCCUUUCUCUGAUAAAGAGAAAAACAAACUGACUUUUGAGGUUGUGAACUUAGCAAGAAACCUUAUUUACUUUGGCUUUUACAACUUCAGUGACUUGUUGCGUUUGACUAAGAUCUUGUUGGCCAUAUUGGACUGUGUUCAUGUCAGCAUCAUCUAUCCCGUCAACAAAAUGGAAAAAGGAGACGAGUCCAAAAGUAGCAAUGUAAUGAGAUCCAUCCAUGGCGUUGGGGAACUGAUGACCCAGGUGGUCCUAAGAGGAGGCGGAUUCUUACCCACAACCCCCACAACACCCCCUGAUGGGGAUGUGGUGAAGACCCAGACAGAACCAGAGAAGGAAGACAUCCUGGUGAUGGACACCAAACUGAAGAUCAUAGAAAUCCUACAGUUUAUACUGAAUGUACGACUGGACUACAGGAUCUCCUGCUUGCUCUGCAUCUUCAAACGCGAGUUUGACGAGAGCAACACGCAGACGGAUGCAGUGCCAGCUGCGAAUGCAGACGGGCCCAACUCUAUCCCAGGUAUGCAGUAUAUCCCGAUCACUAUCCCCCACAAGUUACUCUACAGAUUCUGUGAGUUUUCUGUGUGUUUUACAGCUCUGGACUUUGAGAACAUUGAAGAACAAGCAGAAGGAAUUUUUGGUGGAAGUGAGGAGAACACACCUCUAGAUCUCGAUGACCAUGGUGGAAGAACAUUUUUGAGGGUUCUGCUGCACCUCACUAUGCACGAUUAUCCACCACUUGUGUCUGGAGCCCUACAUUUGCUCUUCAGACACUUCAGCCAGAGACAAGAAGUGCUCAUGGCUUUCAAACAGGUUCAGCUUCUAGUGACCAGUCAGGAUGUUGACAACUACAAGCAGAUCAAAUCAGACCUUGACCAGUUGCGAUCUAACGUGGAAAAAUCUGAGCUGUGGGUGUUCAAGCGUCAGGGUGAUGAAGGCAUGGAUGCAGGAGACGGACUCCCAGCCGAAUCUGACCACAAAAAGAAGGACUCUGGUUCGGGCAAAAAAAAGACAGAUGGAAAUAGCAGUGACAAUUACAGAGAUGUGAAGGAGAUCCUGCUGCGUCUCAGCAACCUUUGUGUACAUGAAGGACCAUCGGGGAAGAAGUGUAAGAAACAGCAGCAGAGGUUGUUGAGGAACAUGGGAGCUCAUUCAGUGGUGCUUGAGCUGCUACAGAUCCCUUAUGAGAAGGGUGAGGACGUCCAAAUGCAAGAGAUUAUGAAACUGGCUCACGAGUUUCUUCAGAACUUCUGUGCAGGCAACCAGCAGAACCAGGCUCUGCUCCACAAACACAUCAACCUGUUCCUCAACCCUGGGAUCCUGGAGGCCAUCACCAUGCAGCACAUCUUCAUGAACAACUUCCAGCUGUGCAGCGAGAUGAACGAGCGCGUCGUGCAGCACUUCGUCCACUGCAUCGAGAGCCACGGCCGACACGUGCAGUAUCUGAAGUUCCUGCAGACCAUCGUCAAGGCCGAGAACAAAUUUAUCAAAAAAUGCCAGGAUAUUGUAAUGGCUGAGUUGGUGAACUCUGGAGAGGAUGUGCUGGUCUUUUAUAAUGACCGGGCCUCCUUCCAGACUCUGGUCCAGAUGAUGCGUUCAGAGCGAGACCGGAUGGAUGAAAACAGCCCCCUCAUGUACCACAUCCACCUGGUGGAGCUGCUGGCCGUCUGCACGGAGGGCAAAAAUGUCUACACCGAGAUCAAGUGCAACUCCUUACUGCCGUUGGACGAUAUCGUCCGUGUGGUUACACACAAAGACUGCAUCCCUGAGGUCAAAAUUGCGUAUAUCAACUUCCUGAACCAUUGCUACGUGGACACAGAGGUCGAAAUGAAGGAGAUCUACACCAGCAACCACAUGUGGAAGCUCUUUGAGAACUUUCUGGUCGACAUAUGCAGGGUCUGCAACAAUACAAGCGACCGCAAACAUGCUGACACGACGUUAGAAAGCUACGUUACAGAAACCGUGAUGAGUAUUGUGACGACAUUUUUCAGCUCCCCUUUCUCCGACCAAAGCACUAGUUUACAGACCCGGCAGCCUGUGUUUGUGCAGCUCCUGCAGGGGGUUUUCAGAGUUUACCACUGUAACUGGCUCGUUCCUGCCCAGAAAGCCUCAGUGGAGAGCUGUAUUAAGGUUUUGUCUGAUGUGGCCAAGAGCAGAGCGAUCGCCAUCCCUGUGGAUUUGGACAGCCAGGUGAACAACCUGUUUGUGAAGUCCAACAAUGUGGUACAGAAAACCAUCCUCAGUUGGAGGAUGUCAGCUCGCAACGCAUCCAGAAGAGACUCAACGCUCACCACUUCCAAAGAUUACAGGAACAUCAUUGAGAGGCUGCAGGACAUCGUGUCUGCUCUGGAGGAUCGUCUGCGGCCGCUGGUUCAAGCUGAGCUCUCAGUGUUGGUGGAUGUACUGCAUCGCCCAGAGCUGCUCUUCCCCGAAAACACAGAUGCUCGACGGAAAUGCGAGAGCGGAGGCUUCAUCUCUAAAUUAAUAAAACACACUAAACAGCUUUUAGAGGAGAACGAGGAGCGUUUGUGUAUAAAGGUUUUGCAGACGCUUCGAGAAAUGAUGACGAAGGACCGUGGUUAUGGGGAAAAGCUAAUUGCCUUUGAUGAUGAGCUGGAUGUGGCAGAGCUUGCACCCCCACCAGAACCAGAGGUCCCAGCAGAGGAGAUUGAUCCAAACCAGCCCCAGAAGCAACUGGAGGAUCAGAGAAGGAGUGAAGCUUUGAGGCAAGUCCUGGUGAACCGUUACUAUGGCAACUUCAAGCCGGGAGGCAGGCGAGACAGUUUGAACAAUUUCAGCAACGGGCCGCUUACCCCCAGCAGGCAGACCAAGACUCCGACAGGAGGUGGUGGAGGUUCAGUGGGCAGUCGAGGGGAGAUUAGCCUGGCAGAAGUGCAGUGUCAUCUGGACAGAGAAGGUGCGUCUGAUCUGGUCAUUGACCUCAUCAUGAACGCCACGAGUGACCGAAUCUUCCAGGAAAGCAUCCUGCUGGCCAUCGCUCUGCUGGAGGGAGGGAAUCCUGUCAUACAGCGGUCGUUUUUCUGCCGUCUGACAGGCGACAGUAAGUCAGAGAAGUUCUUCAAAGUGUUUUACGAGCGGAUGAAGCUGGCCCAGCAAGAGAUCAAGGCAACUGUGACGGUGAACACCAGCGAUCUGGGCAGCAAGCGCAAAGACGAGGACGCCAACGACAAGGACACCCAAACACACAAGAAAGUUAAGGAGGUUGCUGUAGUGACCGAGGAAGUGCGAGAGCAGCUUCUUGAAGCUUCUACGGCAACAAAGAAGGCCUUCACCGCUUACCGAAGGGAGGCGGACACCGACGAGCAUCAGAAUGUGGCAGAGGGGCAGAGCAACACAGGCGAGAAGAACCAGGAUGACGAGAUGAGCGUCAUCAUAACCAUCAUGCAGCCAAUUCUGCGCCUCCUGCAGCUGCUUUGUGAAAACCACAACCGUGAACUGCAGAACUUCCUUCGCUGUCAGAACAACAAAAACAACUACAACCUGGUGUGUGAGACGCUGCAGUUUCUGGAUUGUAUAUGUGGCAGCACUACAGGAGGUCUGGGGCUGCUGGGGCUUUAUAUUAACGAGAAGAAUGUCGCUCUCAUAAACCAGACUGUGGAGAGCCUGACAGAGUACUGCCAGGGGCCUUGCCAUGAAAACCAGAACUGCAUUGCCACGCAUGAAUGUAACGGCAUUGACAUCAUCAUCGCUCUCAUCCUCAAUGACAUCAACCCUCUGGGAAAGAAGAGGAUGGACUUGGUCCUGGAGCUCAAGAAUAACGCCUCAAAACUGCUGCUUGCCAUCAUGGAAAGCCGCCACGACAGUGAGAAUGCUGAGAGAAUCCUGUAUAACAUGAGGCCUAAAGAACUGGUGGAGGUGAUCAAAAAGGCCUACAUGCAGGGAGAGAUUGAAGUAGAACACAACGAUGAUGAUGAGAACGGCGAGGAAGAGCACGCCGCUUCUCCACGAAAUGUGGGACACAACAUCUACAUCCUGGCCCAUCAGCUCGCCAGACACAACAAGGAACUCCAGGCCAUGCUGAAGCCAGGAGGGACGUACGGGGAGGGGGAUGAAGCUUUGGAGUACUACGCCAAACACACAGCCCAAAUCGAGAUCAUCCGCCUGGAUCGCACAAUGGAGCAGAUUGUUUUUCCCGUCCCCAACAUAUGCGAGUUCCUAACCCAGGAGUCCAAGCUCCGCGUCUAUUACACCACAGAGCGCGAUGAGCAGGGCAGCAAGAUCAAUGACUUCUUCUUACGCUCUGAAGACCUCUUCAACGAGAUGAACUGGCAGAAGAAGCUGCGAGGUACUCAAGAGGCCACUGGUAACGCAAACUCCGUGCCUUCUCAGCCCAUCCUGUACUGGUGUUCCCGUAAUAUGUCCUUUUGGAGCAGCAUCUCCUUUAAUCUCGCCGUCCUUAUGAACCUGUUGGUAGCAUUCUUUUAUCCACUGGAAGGAGUCCGUGGAGGCACCCUGGAGCCACACCUCUCUGCACUGCUUUGGGUGGCAAUGUUGGUUUCACUGGCCAUAGUUAUAGUUCUACCCCAGCCUCAUGGGAUUCGGGCGCUCAUCGCUUCCACAAUAUUACGCCUCAUAUUUUCAGUCGGCCUGGAGCCCACACUGUUUCUUCUCGGGGCCUUCAAUGUGUGCAAUAAAGUGAUUUUUCUAAUGAGUUUCGUGGGAAAUCGCGGUACAUUCACAAGAGGAUACAAGGCAAUGAUCAUGGAUGUUGAGUUCCUGUAUCAUCUGCUUUACCUCAUUAUAUGCAGCCUCGGAGUCUUUGUUCAUGUCUUCUUCUACAGCUUGCUUCUCUUUGACUUGAUCUACCGAGAAGAGACACUGUUAAACGUCAUCAAGAGCGUAACCAGGAAUGGCCGCUCGAUCGUUUUGACCGCCGUGCUGGCUCUCAUCCUGGUCUACCUCUUCUCCAUUGUUGGAUAUAUCAUCUUCAAGGAUGACUUCAUUCUGACCGUGGACAGGAUAUCCAAUAAAACUCUUGAGCACUCUGCCAGUAAGAUGGGAGAGUUCCUGGCAGGUGCGGUGUGUAGGAAAGAGGAGAACUGUUCCACGGAGACCAUGGCGGAUGCUGUAGGAGUACAGUCGACUGCUGUUGUGAUUGAGGAUAAGGAGAGGACGUGCGACUCGCUGCUCAUGUGUAUCGUCACUGUCUUGAGCCACGGUCUAAGGAGCGGUGGCGGGGUUGGAGAUGUUUUGCGGAAACCUUCUAAAGAGGAGCCUCUUUUUGCAGCCCGUGUGAUCUACGACCUCCUCUUCUUCUUUAUGGUAAUCAUCAUCGUCCUCAACCUCAUUUUUGGAGUCAUCAUUGACACCUUUGCUGACCUCAGAAGUGAAAAACAGAAGAAAGAGGAGGUUCUGAAAACGACUUGCUUCAUUUGUGGUUUGGAGAGGGACAAGUUCGACAACAAAACAGUGACGUUUGAGGAGCACAUUAAGGUGGAGCACAACAUGUGGCAUUAUCUCUUCUUCAUCGUGCUGGUGAAAGUGAAAGACUCCACAGAGUUCACAGGGCCAGAGAGCUAUGUGGCUGAAAUGAUCCGGGAACACAACUUGGACUGGUUUCCACGGAUGCGGGCCAUGUCGCUGGUUAGUAGCGAUGCCGAGGGCGAACAGAACGAGAUCAGGAAUCUUCAGGAAAAACUUGAAUCCACCAUGAAGCUUGUCUCGAAUCUGUCAGGCCAACUGACUGAACUGAAAGAGCAAAUGACAGAGCAGAGGAAACAGAAACAGAGGAUCGGGCUUUUGGGACACCCCCAACACAUGAACGUGAACCCCCAGCAGCCCGCCUGAACCCCCGGUCCCCCGGCCAAGUGUCCUAACAGCUGUCUCCUGCAGCCAUCGAUUGCAUCAGCCUUUCCGUGUGCGUGUGUAUGAGCGUGUGCGUGUCAAGACAUUACAGACACAUCAUCACCACAGCCUGCUGUGUACACCCAAAAUAAAUGGCUUUAGGCCACCAGGAAAGUAUAGAAGACUUUCGCCCCAUUCCUCACAUCCAUCUGAGUGCCAAAUGUUUCUGUGUGUUAAAGAGGAAGUGAAUUUGCAUCCCUUGCCUUCCACAGAGUGAAAACGAGCUACACUAGAUACUGCAUGACUUACAAACAUGUGCUGCAGCCUGUAGAUGCUGCUUGAAACACACAUCCUUUUGUAUUCACCCAUGACAGUCAGUGUUUGAUGUCUUAUUUUUGUAUUUUGUGCAAUAUUAAUACUUUAAUAUGCAACAUCUGUAUAUUAUGUCUUAAAGGGACGGUGCAGUAUUUUUUUUUUCUUUUGUUCUUUUGCUUUGAUUAUAAUGAAAUACUUUAGAGACCAAGUGUUGUAGGAAUACUGUUUGCAAAGUGAUGUUUGACAUCAGAUAUGAUAUGUAGACAGGGGAAAAAAUGCAUUUUCGGUAUUUAAGUUAAUUUAUUUAUGUCAACAUAAGGAGAUUAUGCUCAUGCUGCCAAUAUAGAGUUCUUUAAUUCUCAUGAAUAGUAUCAGGUUCUGUUUGGUAUUUAGGAGCUCCUUAUUAUGGUUUAUGGUUUUUGUUUGUGCUGUCAGAUUUAUGACCUUAGAAGUCAUAUACAGAGUAAUAAUAGAUGAACUGUUUAGGCAGUUAAAGGAUAUUUUUUUUGUCUUAAAAUUAAUGCACUAAAAUAAUUGAACUCAUAUCAUUCUUGUUAUUAUAGAGCCAUGUUUACUGUGCUUGUUGUAUACUCCUACAGCUACUGUAAGAAGGUGAAGUGCGGGAUGAAUAUUUGCUGACAAAACCGUCUUUGUCAAGUUUUCAUCUGUAGUCAGUCACAUUUUCUAUACAGUUUCAUCUUUUAGCUAAGCAAAACAAGUCAGUUUCUUAAAACUACCAUUUUUUUCUUUCUUUCAUUUUUCUUGUAAUACAUGUAUAUAUGUCUGCAGGUCUUUGCUUUUAUAUAUAGAGAGAUGGUUUCACAGCAUCCUAAUAAUUAACAGUACUGUAUACUGAGAAAUAAGCCUACUACUGAUUUAAUAGGUAAAUAUAUAUAUAUAUAUAUA